AAAUAUAUAUGUAUAGAUGGCGUCCUUCCGAAAUCAAUUAUGUUAUUGUGGUAAGGUAUCACAAUUAAAUGUCAAACAAAUUUCAUUAUAUAAAAAAUGAGUUGGUUUUCGUUUAGUCGUUUGUCAACACCGAAGAAGACAGUAAUCACAAAAGGAGAAGAAAAAGCAUUUGAGGAUGAAGUACAAAAAAUUGAAGUCCUUGAUGAAGCUACCAAGAAGUUAUAUAAAGACAUGAAAAAAUGCAUAGACAGCAUGGCUCAGUUGUCUAAGUUACAGUGUCGUAUAGGACAGGAUUUAGCUGCGAGCCCACUUUUAAAUACAGAGGAUGAUUUCAAAGAGUUUGAAGAAAUGUAUGCAAGUAUUUCAAGUGUUGACGAAUUUAUGGUUCAAUUUAAUGAGAAUGCGCAGCGCUGCAUGAUAGAUCCAAUGAAGAAGUUCAGCGCUAUAUUCCCUAGUGUGUAUUCGGCCAUUAGAAAACGUGAACAGUUGCUACAGGAAUUCAGAAAAGCUCAUGCUAAGAUGGAAAAAUAUCAAGAAAAAGAACGGACUGGUCCCAACAUUGUUAAAUUUGAACAGGCUAAGAAAGCUUUGAAUGCAGCGAGAGUGGAGUACGAAGCAGAGCACACGCAGUUGAUGGAGGAGCUCCCGCAGUUCUUUGAUGGCAGGAUAGCUUACUUCCAGCCUUGCUUUGAGGCCCUCAUUAAAUCACAAGUUAACUAUUACACAGAGUGCUUUCAUAUAUAUGCUGAACUUGCAGCGCAUUUGAAAGGCGAGGAAUUUGCUGUUAUUGAUGAUGAGAAAUAUGAAGUUAUCUUACAGCAGAAGUUGUCCGAUAUUCGUGCUCUUUCCAUUGUUAUAGAUGAUUAAAGUCGGAAUCAUGGAUGAAAAUUGUUGAAAGGACUUGUGGGUAAAAGUUGUUUCCAGUUUUUAUCGACCCAGGUUUUAAACCAAACGUAGAAAAAAAGGAAAGGAAUUGUAGGUAGAAGUUGGAACGUUGUAUGUAAGAAGUAGAAAAUGUUUGUUGAUAAGAAUUCUGUUCUGAAAAUUUGAAAGGAAUUUUUUUUAAUGUAAUAAAGUGGAAAGUAUUUGUUUUAAAAAAAAAAUUUUAUGAAUUGUUGGUAAAAUAUUGGAAAGGAACUGUUAAAUUAAAAAUGUUGUGAAAACUAAAUAUGUAAUAAAAAUAUUUAAUAGUUUGAUAGAGGUAAUGUUUGUUUUGAAUUGGUGCAAUAAUAAUUUUAACAAAGAUAGUUUUUUUCAAUUUCAUAUCCAGCUUUAAUAAUUUUAAAAAUAAAAAUUGUAUUUAGUGAGCAAACUGUAUGCAUUAGAAUUUUGUUAUGUUUAAAUAUUAUUAAAUUUAGACUGCAAAAUAUAUAUUCAGAUGUUUCUUUAAACAAAUAGAUAUAACUGUGGCAUGUUCAAUAGAUUGGAUUUUAUAAAAUAGAAUAGUGAAAAUUGUAAUUAUGAUAUACUGAUUUUAAGCCGUUCAUUGAAAGAUCAAUCAUUUUAAAUCGUCUACAAAAUGUUUUAAAACUGACUAUAAUUAGUUUUUUAAUUUAGAAUGGUGUUGCUUCAGAAUUGUUUACAUAAUAGGAUCAAUUAACACAAAAUGUAUCUGAAUUACCAUUUCACACCGAAAUAUUCUAGUGUAAUAUGUUAUAGCUCUAAAUGUUAGAUUGUCAUAUAAAACUAAUUAUUAUUAUAUAAUAUAUAUAUAUAUGUGUAUAUAUAUAUAUGUAUAUAUAUAUAUACGUGUAUAUAUAUAUAUAUAUAUAUGUAUACAUUGGUCGACAUGUGUUCAAAUAAUAAAACAAUAAUAAUGAUGCAAAAACACUGAGUUUCUGCAUUAUUAUAUAUACAUAAAUCACCAGAAGAAACCACAGAAUUGGUAAAAGUUUGUUGAAGUGUUUGUGUGGGUUUGUGGUUAAAUGUACACUAAAACUGGAAGUAGAAUAGGUUAGUAGAAUUAAUAUAUCCUCAGACGUACAGUGUGUAGGUUAAGUGAGACUUUUUUUAUACCUUCUUUAGCUAACCCACCGACUGAUUUCAAAUAAAAAUAAACUUUUAUUUUCGGCCAAUUAGUGCACACGCCUCCACGAAAAGUGGAAAUUUCAGGAAGAAAAAUAAAUUUUUCUUGAAAUCUCCAAAGGUAUGUAUAUUUCUUCCUAAAUAUAUAAAUUUGAAGCAUUUAACCAUCCUAUUUUACAUUCACAAAUGAAAUUUUAUUAUAUUUUUUUAUUUUCUCGUCUGUCUGGAUGAAUUUGGCAGAAGUAUUUGCUAAAUAAGAAAACAAAAUUUUUUUUUUUUAUUUGACCCCCCCCCCCCGAUAAUCUAAUAAUUCGAAACAAGGAAUAAAAAUAAUUCUUGCCUUACGCAUUACGUGUGUUUCAUCGGUUGCGUAUGAACAUGCUCAGUGUUGAUAUUUGUGUUCUGCUCUAAUCAACCCAGCAAUUAUGAUCCUCUCUCCCUCUCUCUCUCUCUCUCUUUUUGCACCCCCUCCCCAUUUAUCACUCGCUCUACUCCCUAUUAUUUUCCAUUCCUCAAGGAAGAACUAUGUUCUCAUAGAAUGAGUAUCCACUAUCCAGGAUUGAAGGAAUUUUGUGAAAGUAUUGUACAAGAAGAUAAUGAAUUCAAAAAUUCAUUGUGUAUAUCAUUCCAUAGGUUAAUGUAUAUGAAUUGUUUUACCUGUCCUAUGUAAAAUAUAAUAAACUAAAAUUAUCGUAAAAAAUACAA